AUGUUAAAGCGCUUAGUUUAACAGAAAAGGAGUUUAUUUAAUACAAAUCUACUCUAAAAUGCAUAAUUAUUAAAAAGUAGCUAAUUGAGUAAUUAGAAAAAUAGUAAUUUCUCAACAAUUAAAAAACGUGAUAUUUCUAUUUUUAAUUAUGAUAACAACUCCUACACAUCAGAAUAGAUAAAUUACAUUAACUAGGUCUAAAAUUUAAAAUAUAGUGAUCUAGUAACCGAGUGUAAAAACCUAAAAUUAAAGCCAAAGGACCGUACCCGUUAAUCUCUUAUAUAUGCUAUCAUAGAAUCUUUGCCAAAAAUUGCAGAAGAUGCUGCUGCAAGUGAAAUUAGCCAAUAAAAUAGCAAAACAAGCUCUUUAUUAAACCGUACCUAAGUAGAAAAAGAAGAAAGCAAACCUAUAAUCACAAAUAGUAGUUAAGAAAGCGAUUCACGUUAAUUAUAGUCUGCUUCUCGUGAAAAUUUGAAUGAAGAAAUUAAAAAAACAAUGAAAUAGAUUUUAUCAAAAGAUGAGUAUAACAAAUUCUUAAAUAACUUCAUUAAUGGAGCAGGUGAAUACUCAAGAAAAGUUAUAGAAAUAGACUAGUAAAACUAAUUGCGUUAGAUAUUUAACCAAAAUGAAGUUUUAUAAGAAUAUGGAGACCGUAUUAUUUAAUAUAUUGAACCAAAGGCAACUCAGUCAAUUCAUUAUAUUGAAAAUUACUCAUUUGAGCAAUAGUAAAAAAUUGUUGAAGCUAUGUCACCAAUGUCAAUAAACAAAGAAAUCAGCCUUCUUUUGAAUCGCUCAAACUAUAUUAACGAAUGUGAAAAGAGCUAUGCCCUUAAGAUUAAAACAUCAAAGCAUGAAUUGUCAAAAUACAUGUACUCUCAACUAUUGUGUAUUGAAAAUGAAUAUUGCGGCUUAUUCAAGGAUGAAGCAAAAUAAUUUUUGAAAGAAAUUAGUAAUUCACGUAUAGUUAACUCUUCAGUUCUACACAUUACUAAAACCUUAUCUGAUCCUAUUUAAUUUUGGCACUAUGCUUCCCUAUUCAAAUGGGGAUCUCCUUCAUCUCUUAUCUCCUUAUGGAAAACUUUAACUCUCUCUAUUGAUUUUUAUGAUAUUGAUAACAUUCAAACUUUGACUCGCUGCUUAUACAUGAUUAGGAAAUAUUCAAGGUUUUAUCCUCAAAACAAUUAAAAUAAUUAGGAAGAGAUUCAAUUUUAUGAAAAGUUAACAAAUGUUAUUCUGCAAAUGAUUAGCGAAAAAGAUAACCAAGUUUCAUAUUUCAAUAUUGCAAAUAUUUUAGGUUACUUAAAGCAAAUAAAUAUUCCAUUCACUACAAAGACACAAAAAAAUCUCUAAAGCAUAGCUGAAGUCUUUAUUGACAUUUACAGAGCAGAUUUAGAAUAAAAAACCUUAGAAUAAACAGGAAAUUAGAAUAUUUAAGAAAAUUAUUUAGUGAGCCCCGAAGUUCUUGAUAAUUCUACACCAGACUAUUUUGUGAGAGCUCUUUUUGCUUUGAGCUAUUUUCCUAAUCCUCCUUAAAUUAUAAUUAACGAUAUUUUCUAAAAAUUGGUUGAUUCUGGUCUCGAAUUCUUUGAAAAGGGAGUAACUGUAAAGAUUCUAUCUCAAUUAAUGCUUAGCAACAUUCCUAUUAAUGAUAUAGUUGCUGAAGCUAUUAGAAAAAAUAAAAAGGUUAUUUAUGAUUUAAGUAUUAGAGAAAUCUAUGUCUUUAUUUAUUCUUUUAAAGACAGUAAUUAAGAUAUGGGAAAAUUAUAUCACCACUUCUACUUCUAAACUGGCCUCUUCUUGGAUAACGUCACUUUAUUAAACGACUUUAAGCAAGUUGUUAUGGUUGCAAAAAUCCACUACUACAUUCUCACAUAAAAGAUAAAUGAACACAAAAGAGUGUACUUGGAAAAACGUACCAAUUAGGUUCUUAAUUUAAUUAAUAAAAGCUGCACUGAUUCUGUUUGCAGAGACUAUAUAGCUGAUAUCAUUUACAUUGCAUCUCUCUUUAUCCCCUAUCUCAACAAACCAGACUUUUUGUUCACCAAAAUAAUUAAAAAUAUUUAAUACUUGAAAGUAAAUAGCGAAAAUAGACCACUAUUCACUAAUUUCAUCAUGAAAACUUUAGAAAAACUAAAUCCUCAUUAUGACUUUUUUAUUAACUACGGUAGUUUAGAUUUGGAAUACAAUGAUAAAUUUAGUACUGAAAUGAAGGUUCUUUUAAAUUUAAUGAUCAAGAAGUUUAUUGAAUCAAAGUUACUAAGCUUUUUCCUAUUAACUAUUUAACUUUGUUCUGCUCCUAAAAUUUUGAAAGAGGUUGUUCAAAAUGACAUGGAAAGACAUGAAUUAGCUAAAAAUUUGACAUUACAAAUCAUCAAAAUUCUGGGACACGAAAACAACAAAUUCGUCUUUUCAAACUUGGUAAUGUUCUCUUGUUUUGUUGACACUAACUUCGAAUCUAUUCAAGACGAAACCAUUAUUGCAAAAGCUCAAUAAGUUAUUUUUGAGUCAUUCAAAAAAAUAAACAAAGAAUCAAACGAAAAUGAUGAUUUACUCUGGAUUUAUUAUCAUUCUAGUAUUUUAAAUAAGAUUUAAGGCCAAAAAACAUAAGAACCAAUCAAGAAUCUGAAUGAAUACUUUUUGAAAAAUGUUGUAAAGCCAAUUUGUGAAAACUAAAUAGGUGUAGUUAAUCAAAUUAUUCAUGAAGAUGGCAUUGUUUAAUAUUUCAAUAAAAAUGUCAAUUACAGCAAUCUUCAGAAUAUAAUUUAUCUUCCUUCUAUUCUUAAAAAUCUAGCAAUAGAUAUUACUAAAUAGCCAUCUAUCUAAUAGUAUUUGUUGCCUAAAAUUAACAAGGAAUCUAAAUUUUGGAAUGGUCAAUUUUUAGUAGAAAACCUCAUCAUUCUUAACAAACUGAAAAUUAACUGCUUUGAUAUAUUUGAAAAUGUUUGCGAAAACUUAUUCACUACAUUUAUUUAUUAUCACGACUCAUAUGAUUUUUAACUAAACAAUGAAAUAUAUCCUAACAAAUAAAAGAUAAUUGAAAUCUUAGAUUCAUAUUCUAACUAAUAUAUAUAAUAAAAAAAUCUUAAUCCUAAUUUAGAAGUAACUAAAAAUAAAAAUUUUGUUGCUUUGAAUGUAUUGGCAUGCUUUGUUUUGAAGGAUCUCUCUCCAGAAACUAUUUCUAGCAUAUUUGAAAUGAUGGGAUCAAACCAAUAAAUUUAUUAUAAACAAUUUGUGAGAUUAAUGAAUAAUAGUUAAUUUAAUCUUUCAAACGAUCAAAUCCUCCAUUUUUACAUGAAAUUGCCAAACUGGAUCAGAAAUAAAGAUUUAUCAACAAGAGUUGACUUAAAGUUAAAACAAAGUAUAUUGAAUAUUCAAGAAUCCGAACGUGAGUACUGUGUUAAGUUUUACACCAAAGAAAUGAUAUUUAACGAUUAAGCAACUGAUAUUUUUAUUAACAAUCUCUCAGCUAAUCCUACUAUUGAAUACUUUUAAAUCUUGCUAAACUAUUUAAGUAUUGGAGAAAUUAUUUAAAACGAAAGCUAGUUAGAAAUAAUUGAAAAAUAUUACAACAAGUAUUAUGACUAACUAUCAAAUGACUCACACAUAAAUAUGAUUUAAGUAAUUGUUAAUUACUAAAUAAUGAAUUAAAAACCACUAGUUUUACCUAAAAACAUCACUUUAAACGAACCAGCAUUUUAUAAGUUUGUAAACAGAGUUGUUAUCGAUGGAAAAGAAUAUUUGAUUCCUUACUAAGAAAGCUUUACUCUUUCACACGAACUUCAAGUUCCUUAAUUUAAAAUAUUCCCAUGCUCAUCGAUUAAUAGUGAAUAAGAAUAGAAUGAGUAAUCUUAAGAAAAAUUACCUGAAAGCUAAAGUACUUAAAAGCAACAACACCUUGAAAACAUAGAAAUUACAUAAGAUAUUUAUGAGUAUCUCAGAUAAAUUAGCAUGAAUAGCUCAUAUAAAUGCUAAGGAAAAUCAAUAAAUCGUUACUAUCUUUAUCAUUUGAUUGCAAAGAAAAAAUUAAAUGAAUCUACUUAUGCUGAAGAAGAAAGACUUGAGAACGAAUUCAAGCAAGCAUAAAGAGAAGCUACAUUUGCACUCAACAGAAGUGAGGACUACAGUAAUUUCUUAGUAGAUUUUUCUCUUGCUAUUAAGAGCGAUGAAUUCGAAUCCGUUGAUUUAAAUUACUAAGGUGAAGAUACCCAAAAAAUAAAUAUAAAUUAUGCUAUUAGAUUUAAAAACUCAAGUAAAAAAAUUGGGUUUAUUUACGAUGACGAAGCUCUUUGCAAGGUCUCAAGCGAUGGUUCAUAAAAGGAAUACCAUCUAAGCAGCUAAACUAGAAUGAAAAUAGAAUUAUUAGAAAAGCAUCAUGGUUGGACCAUCUAUCCAAUUUAUUAUGAAAGAUGGUGUUAAACUUUCAACACUUUUGAGGCCAAAGAAAAGUUCAUCAAAAAAGUUUUAAAUGUACAAGAAUUAAAUUGA